GUAUUCAACCCGGGUGACUCCGCCAUUUUAACUUCCUGCUUCAGCAAAAGACGGGCCAGUCGCACAGUAUUUGUAAUCGAAACGUUCAGUUAUUUAGCGUAACAUUUGGGAUUUGUCUUGUUUGUUUUUCUUACAGGUGUCAAAACUAACUACCUCUGUUAGUUUCCGAAAGCGUCUGUCAGUUAGUUUCAGCCGGAGAGUCGCAAUGCCGAGCCACCCGCUGCGUGUAGCGGUUGUGUGCUCGAGCAACCAGAACCGCAGUAUGGAAGCGCACAGUAUCCUCAGUAAACGUGGAUUUGAUGUGCGUUCAUUUGGGACGGGGUCUCAUGUGAAGCUACCCGGUCCUGCCCCGGAUAAGCCAAAUGUGUAUGACUUCAAAACGACAUAUGUACAGAUGUACAACGACUUGGUCCGCAAGGACAAGGAACUAUACACACAGAACGGCAUUCUGCACAUGUUGGACCGCAACAAGCGCAUCAAAUCAAAGCCGGAGCGCUUUCAAAACUGCAAAGAUAAAUUUGACCUGGUCAUCACCUGUGAAGAGAGAGUCUAUGACCAAGUGCUGGAGGAUUUGAAUUCAAGAGAGCAGGAGACUCUACAGCCUGUGCACGUCAUCAAUGUAGACAUUCAGGAUAACCAUGAGGAAGCCACGCUGGGUGCUUUCCUUAUCUGUGAGCUGUGUCAAUGUAUCCAGCACACUGACGACAUGGAAAAUGAAAUUGAUGAGCUCCUACAAGAGUUUGAGGAGAAGAGCAACAGGCCUUUCCUUCACACAGUCUGUUUCUACUGACACACAAUAGAAAUUUGCAAUAAACACAGACUCAGAUCACAAGCAAUGAAAUGAUAUCAUACAGACAUACAUGCACAUGCACACACUCACGCUCUUCAUCAUCAUCAUCCUCAGUCAUCUACAACACAGUACAUACACAUUGUGUGCCUGCACAGCUACACACACCCAGCUUUGGGUCAGGACCUAACAAAUGACUGCUGUUGGACAUAUUGGCGAUGAUGGGAUUUUUCCUCUAUACAGAGGAUGGACUCGCUGCUCUCGCUCUGCCUUCAUUUCUCCAGAUCAAGGUCAGGCCAAGGUCCUCGCUCCCAGUCCAGUGAAAUCACUCAACCAUGUCUCCUCAGGGAGAACCAUAACACACGCCCCUGAUUCAACAACUCCUUUACAAGUCCCUCUGAUUUUGUUCAGAUGCUGACUCAUUUUUUUUCUUCUCCAGAUUAUAUAUAAUUGUGAUUCAUUUAAGCAUAUGUGUCAGAUUUUUAUUCCAGAUGUGGGACAGUGUACAUGUGGAGGAGAAUUAAUUGAAAUGAAUGCGUGUUUUUGUGUGACCAUGUGGUGUAGCUUAGGCUUAAGUUAAAGUGGGUGGGCUAGUAGUGAAUAACCAAAUCUAGACCUCUCUGUGGGUCUCCUCCCAUCUGUUUUACAAUAUGUGUUGAUUCAUAUUUAAACUUGGAUAUGCUAUUUUUCAGGGCAUAAUAUUUUUUUCUUUUGUAAAUCUUAAAGAAUUGAAGCAUUGUAAUUAUUUGCAAACUACGAGCUCAGCUCAGAGUGCCUGAUUUUUCUGUAUGUACAUAUGAAUCCACUAAAGAAACAUCUCUAUGAAACAA